AGAUUAAAACAUUAGCACCAAGAGAGUCGUAAAUUUCAGGGAUAGUUUAUUUUACGACCGCCAAGGGGAACCGCUCUAAACUCCGUACCUUCUUUUCCCUUGUCGGUGCAUAAAGAGUAAAGACUGACUUGAAUUCAAGGAGAUCGUAAGGGCUGGUAGGAAUGUCGGCUCGUAAGAAAAAGCCUUGGAAAAGCUGCGAUGUCACAGCGAUGAAUUUCUCGGAGAGAGGAAUCUUCAGACACUUCACUGACGUCACGGCGAUCGGAUAAAAUACACAAACUCCGGGGUCUUCUCUCCCCGAUGAAGGACGCAGCGCGCUAGAUCAGCCGGAUACUCUGCCGUGUGUGGCCGGGAAAGCAAGGACGGUGCGCAAGAGACAUUCCGCAGUCCCGCCGCCCAAUCUCGCUGUAGCUGGACUUCCCGCGGGCUUGUCCUCUGUUGUCUCUGCUCGCCACAUCAAAGCCGACAUUUCCCUGAGACAGUGCGGAGAAGGGCCACCCAGGCAAGGACAUCCUCACUCGCACCUGACGGGGAAGCUACGGGAGGGAAGCUGACCAUCGGACCGUUAGCGCUGUUGGACCAUUCCGUCUCCGGGCUCAGCUGGCUAAACCAAGACCAGGCGAACGGAUUAGGAACACAAAGAGAACAGUGAGUCGCCGUGAUUGUGACGGUUUGUCUGGGCACAUGUGUACGCCAGCCGAGCCGACGCUACAAAAGACGCCGACGGCGACAAGAGUGGUGCUCAGAUGUGGAAACCUCCGCUAAGAGGGAAAGGCCGCUUUCUUUGGAAUUUCUCAACACGUCAAACACGCCGAUUUUGUCUGGCAUUGCAACUUUCAAGCCCCGAGACAGUUUGGGGACGAGUAUACCGCAUGGACGACCCUGUGGAUGAAGCUUAUGUAGGCGGCUGAGUUGUUGUAUGUAACGGACUACCGCCUGCCGCCCCCAUCUUCACAAACAGGCCAGGAACGUCCCGCUAAAACGCACAGACAAUCGCUACUACUGAGUGUGAGUACCUCCAUCAGAGAUGAACGUCUUCAGAAUAACCAGGCUUUCGCCUCCGAGGCCGAACUUCACGACGACAGUGGCGUGCCUGCUGCGCCAUGUGUACGCCUUCGUCACUCUGUUCCUGCUGGUCUCCGAGGCCGACCGCGUCCCUGGCAGGAGAGGAGGCAUUGGCCACAACGUGCACAUGCUCAACAAUCAGCCGAUCCGCAGCGAAGUAGAGGCAGCGAGCUACCUGAGAAAAUUAGGCUGGUUCAAACCUGUAGAUUGGGAGCCCGUGGUUGUGCAGUCUGCGAGGGAAGGCGAACCGUUCCUUGAACCCGCGGACAUCGCACCUGACCUCUUCUCGGACGACUUUGACCCGUCCAUGAUGGUGGAGGAGGCGGAAGGCAUGGGCAGGGACGGCGAGCCGACCGAAACGGUGGACGAAAGUAUCAGCAAAGAGGAGCUCGCGAUGGCCGUCAGAAAGUUUCAAGAGGAGAACAACCUGACUGUGACCGGGGAGCUGGACGAUGAGACCUUGAACAGAAUGAACCAGCCGAGAUGUGGCAAUCCCGACAAAACGCUGGCCAAAAACCUCACUACCCUGACCCUGGGCGAACUGUUGACAGGCUCGGCAAACAAAGGGAACACUUCGUCCAACGACUCGUCUAAUGCCGCAGAGGAUGCGUCGGCUGGUCACGAGCGCCGCCGUCGUAGCGUCCUUGAAAAGUGGAAAGAAAGGCAGCAGCAGCACAGGACUAAGGAUAAGCGAGGGUAUUUCCCUGGCAAUGUGAUCACGUGGAGACUGAUGCAGGAAGGUUUUAGUAUGCAGAUGGAACAGGAGAUGCAGCGCGUGGUCAUACAUCAAGCCUUUCGGAUGUGGAGCGAGGUCAUGAAGCCAAUAUUCAAAGAGGACACUCACAGUUUGAGGGUGGACGACGUGGACAUUGUCAUUGCAUUUGGCAAGGACCUAUCGAACAUUGCGGCGCCGAAUGAGAGACGCUUGCACUUGGGCUGCUCUCACGAGUUCCAAGGCCAGGAGUACGCUCACGCCUUCUCAAGUCUGUUUGCGAGUGUGCACCUGAACGACGACGUCUACUUCACUCUUGACGGGCAUCAAGGGAUAAGCCUCCUCAGGGUCAUCGUACACGAGGUCGCCCAUGCCCUGGGGCUGCAGCACCAGCUUAGACCUAACUCCGUCAUGUUGCCCAACUACCCCACCGAUAACCCCAACUUCGAGAUCGGAGUGGAGGACCGGAGGGCCAUGCAGGACCUCGGAUAUGGACAAUGCGAGGAGCAGUUCGACACUGUGUUCGACUGGCUGCGACCAAGGAAAGACGAGAACGGCUACACGACUGGAGUCUCGUACAACACGUACUUCUUCUUCGACGGUCGCUACUGGAUGUACGAAAACUCCCAGGGGCGAACACGUUACGGGGAUCCCCGUGUCAUCCGCAAGGGGUGGGAGGGCAUCGCGUCACGGAAGAUCGACGGGAUCCUCCACGUCUUGAAUAGGUUCUGGGACGUCCUCUUCUUCUUCUCAGGUGAUUCCUACUACCAGUACGACAGCGAGCGAGACCAGAUCUACACACACGACGCCCACGGAAACCCCUUCCCCAACCUCAUCAGCUACGGAUUUCCCGGCAUCCCCGACAACAUCGACACCGUCUACUACAACAGAAGUGCCGGCUACACCUACUUUUUUAAGGAUCAUCUGGUGUACCAGUACGAGAUCGAGCGGCAGAGAGUGAGCCCGGGCUUUCCCAAGGAAAUCAGCGUUCUAUACCCCGGAGUGCCCAACAACCUGGACGCCGCCUACUACUCCUACUACCACAAGACCACGUUUUUCAUAAAAGGGUUAGAAUACUGGGGUAUUUCUGGCAACAACGGACCGAUAGUCGGACCGUUUACGGUCAACCAGCGGUGGAGAGACAUCUGUAACGUGUGGAUGUGGGAUCUGGACGGGUAGUGAGCACUUCCGUUCUGCAGAUUCGCUGCAAACGUACGUGGGAAACGUUUUGAGAUCAAUAGUGAUAUUUGUUUUCUUGAACGUUUGGAGCGUUUUUGCAGUUUUUUUGCUCAGUCUACUAUCCGUAGGCUGUACAAAAUGAAGGCUUUAGGGCGAAAUAGUAUCAUUUCGGAAACACGUGCAGACAAACUACUAGACCUCUUCCUUCCAUAUUGUAGUUGUAGUUUGGGCUUAGGAAACUUCUCUCAUGACAAAAUUCAGCUGUAUUCUUUAUUGGCCACUACGAAAGCUUUACUACAGUUCUAUCAUGUUGUGCCGAAAAUGAACUUCUCUUCGCUCGCAUAGUUUCCGGGAGAGGCCCAGGCCAGGCGGAAAUAUCUCUCCUGUUCAGUCCAUGUCCUAGUACGGGGCAUUUUUGUGCAAUACAGGUUUCACAAAGAAAUCGGUCGAUUUGAUAGAAAACUCAGUUGUCUCAGAGACAUGCAGGAUAUGUGUGCAUGGUGAGUUGUAGUGUUUUAUAACGAGUGAAUAGUUUCUACACUCCAACGAGGGUCGUUACCCACAGGUAUAUACGGUGUGUUUUCCUGUGUGCUAUUGAUAAAAAAGUAUUCUACUUUUACAUGUAGGUUCACGAUAACAUCAUCCAAGCACAUUGUAGUUCAGAGAACGAAGUUUUAGAUAAAAAAUCUUGUCACAAAAUCAUUUCUUUGUUGGCUAAAAAUGUCAACCAUAGACACACGGAGGUACUUGUGCCCCGGGCCAUUGAGAUGGGUCGCCUUACCCACUUUUUUGCUAUCUCAGGAAUACGUGUAAUCAUGUACGUGUAAUUUAUACCACAUAUAUUUUGAUAAUGAUGUAUUUUGUAUAUUUAAAAUAUCUGCCUCCCUGUUGUGAUAAUGCAAGUUCAAACGAAUAUCAUAUUUAUAGCCGUGGAUAUUGGUGAAGGGCACACGACAUUUGUCAUGCGUGAGUUCAAGUGAGUCUGUGGGUCAUGUGUAAGACUUCUGAGACCCUAGACACCAUGAGGACUCCUACAGGAGUGACAAUAACACGCUGUGUGGACCCUUCUGGACCACAGGGAUAGAUGCACUGUUGGUGUUGAAGUGUACAAUACGGGGUUAUAUCGGGGGAAAUGAUAAAGUUGUGUGUAUAAUUGAGAGUGGGCAAGGCUCAUUCCCCCUUCUGAAGGGCUGUGUAUAGAUUUGUCUGUUAUCGUAUAUGACUAUGAGUGAUUUACUAGUCUUUUUGUACAAAGGACACGAUUAUGAGCGAGAAAACCUAUGUAUGUACGGAUGAAACAGUCUUAGACGUACCGUAAACAGUUUCAAAUCUUUUACGUAAGAACCCGACAAGUGAGCGUUGGUAGUAUACCGGUUCAAAGAUGCCCUGUGCAAUAGUGCCUGCGGAAAGACAAUCACACAGAAAAUCAUUCUCCAAGUUCUGUUUCUGUAGCAGAAGUCUGCAGGGCGGUGUAGGGGGCGCGGUCAAACAAGGAGCCCGCCCAUAUGACAACAACGACGUUUCAAGUUCAUACUUUUCGACGUUAGCUUCUUUCCUUCGCUUAUGGGUUCUUUUCUUAUAGUUCUUAUAUCACAGCUUAAAUUAUUCUCUAAGAUAUUAUCUAGAGAGCUUUUAUUUCAAAUGACAACCGACUGGUUACAUGUUGUACAUGUUCAAGUUGGGCAAAGAAAACGUCUUAUGUCUUUUGUUAAAUAGUAUUUUAAGAGUAAUACUUCUAUAUUUCAUCGAUUGUACAAAGCGUCAUGCAAUGUUGUGUAUCGCAUACUAGUAUUCUAAAAUAAUAAAACAAGUCGAAAAUAUCAA